CACUACUUCUUUUCAUUCGUGUAUAUAUAUAUAUAUAUAUACAACCUGCUAAUCUAUAUAUCCUUCAAUUUCAUACAGAAGCUUGAACAAAAAAGGUACUCAAUCGCACUGUCUAGCUUGCUCUAUUUGCUUGCCUCCUAUGGCUUCAAACAAUCCUCAUUACGAGGCAGACCCCACGGCAAAAGAGGUUAUAAAACGGGAUCCGUAUGAUUGUAAAAUUUUUCCUAGAGGACUUAAUAUUGUAUGGGGCAAUGACGAUCGUUAUUGGCGCAUGACAACGAAUAAAAAUGAGAGUGUAGCAGAAUUACUACAAGUGUGUUGGCUUGAGGUAUCGUGUUCAAUUCCUCUGGUUCUUAAAAAAAGGUACCAAAUUGGGUUCACAGUGUCAUUGACAUCCGAUGCAUUUGGAUGGAGUGGUUGUCAUGUCUUCAUCAUGGCUAAGCUAGGGAAAAAGGGAAAAUACAUUUGGAAAAAACUGCUUUUAACAACUCAAACCGAUAAAGCUGAAUUCCAAAUUCCAGAGGAAAAUUUGUUCAUGGAGGUUCCAUCUCAAGUUGCUUCCGAAGACGACAGAACGCUUUAUUUUGGCUUGUAUGAAGUAUGGAGUGGCAAGUGGAAAGGAGGUUUGCGAAUUCACCAUGCAUUCAUUAAAGAGACACCACCACCUAAGUGAAGAUCGAUACACACACACACACACACACACACACACACACACUACAUACUACUAUAUAAUAAGUGUCCAGCCUCAUAACGUCCAAAACAAAGGAAACCAUAUAUAUAUUAUGUAGCCUUGAUUUGAAUAAUUGUAUUGCUUGUUAUUACCCAAAAAAAUAGUUGUAUUGCUUGUUAACUAAUAAAGAAAAAUAAGAA